UACCUAUUAUAUAUGGUCAAUAUCACUUAAGAACAUAACAAAAAUAUUUUCUUCCUAUGUGCACGUACCCAAAGUGCUUUUUCACGUAAUGGAGCGCUCUGUGAUAUGGAUAAUUCUAUGUUUGGGUCUGAAUCAAACUAAUGGGAAACCAACCCAAGAUAAAGCAGGACCAUGUGCGAACGCUGAGGAUCCUAUGGCGUGUCUUCACGGGAUGUUGAUGCACGGUGACAAUCACGAUGGCGACACCCACAAAGCGGAGGAUCAGUAUCUCCGGUUCCAACCUGUCCUACGCACAGGAAGUCCUGAAAAAGCAGGACCCCAAGACGCUGAGCAAACAUUCCAUGCGUCAUUGAUGCAUAAUGGAGGAGACCCCGCACAUGCGCAUCAGGCGGGUGUCAAAGAACCAAGGACUACUGAACAACUGGGGCCUCAAGACGCGGAGACGGCUCUCCAUGGCGUGAUGAUGCACGGGGACGACCAGCCAGGACAUAAUCACGACAGAGAGGACAAAGUGGGCAAGACGUCGACGGGUAAUGUGGGCCAGAAAGCGGCACCUCUGGACGCCGAGCAGCUGAUGCAUGGAGUCUUAAUGCACGGAGAUUCUUCUGUUGAGAAUCACCAUGUUCACGAAAAUCCGAAUGAAAAUAGGGAAACUAAAGCACCUGGACCAAUUGAUCUUAAUCAGAAAAUGCAUAAAUUAAUGCAUAAAGAUGGAGACACUCAUCACGAAGAUACAUCGGAUAAGAAACCAACCACGAUACCGGGUCCAAACGACCAAGCAGAUAUCAUUCACCAAUUGAUGCAUAAUGGAGAAAACUUUAUUCACAACCUCCUUGAAGAAAACAAGCCGUUUAGAUUCAACAUUGCUGAGAUUAUGAAGUUAGGGAUUGAUCCCGAUAUUCUAAAAUCGGUCGGGUUGGACAAAAUUCGAAAAGAGGAUGAAGCGGAAUAUAGGAAUUGGCAGAAAGAACAAAGCGUCGACAGUCCUCCUGGGGAAACUAUUGCUUACAUAUCAGACUCCAUUGUCUCUGAUAUAGAACUUAUGAAACGGAGAUACAUGAAUUUAGGAGAGGAGGCAGAGCGGGAAAUACAGCAGUUUGCAAACGCCAGGAACAUCGAAAUAUCCCCAGAGGAAUUACUUUCCAACCUCAAUCUCGACAACGAGGCUGGAGAUCACGUGGAUGAGGGUGUUCAACAUGACCUUGAACUCAUUGGUAGUACUGACCCAAUUAACGCACGUCACAAAGCGUAUAUAGAGAGACGAAAAUAACAAGAGUGUGAUCUUUGUAAUUAAUAAUUCCCACU